CUAUAACUUCUCGCGUCUCUACUGCUGACGGGAAAAAAGGGAGCGGAUCUGGUGAUCCGCGGUAACGUAGUUCUCAACAAUUUUUACGGAGCUCACCCACUGGGAGCAGGCGUUGCGGUUGCCGUCGCUGAACAACCUGCUGAUAUGCUCGGCGCCUAUGUCCGCCUCCACGCUCCUCACCGAGACCAGGUACGGGUCUGCCCACCUGCCGUCGUGGGCCUGCAGCUGGGCCGGCCCGACGCGGUAGAGGGCCACGGCCGCCGGGGCGUAGCAGCCGGCAGUGUUAUGGGGGCCAGUCCACGGCUCCGCCGCCUUCUUCCCCGUGGGCUGGGCCCUCCGCAGGCCGCAGCACCACGACCGGGUCCACCUCGCCAGUCACCGUCACCGUCACCGUCACCUUCUGCUGCAGCCGGUUCACCUCCACAUGCUGCACUCCUGCACAGGGGCGAAUCUAGGGGGUUAUCGGGGUCAGCCGACCCCGAUAAAUUUUAUAAAUAUUUUAGCAAAAUACUGUUAAAGUUCAUAAAAAUUUGUAUGAUAUAGCAAAGCUGCUCUUGAUGACUCCGAUCAUAUUUUCGGCUAGAUUCGCCACUGCUCCUGCAGGCAGGCGGGCAGCUUCAUCAGAGUUAUUAAUCGCCACGGUAAACUUGGGCUCCUCUUCAGGAAAUCACUUCGAUAGUUCGAUUCGAAGUGGUCAAGUGGAACUUUCGCUAUUGUUGGAUGCCGCCGGCAUAUGCUGCUGCUGUGCUGCACUACUGCAGCAGUAAAAAAAAGCUUGUUCUGAAAGGACACGAUGGUCAUUAGUCAGGGGGUGUUUGAUUUGCCCCUGCUAAAAUUUAGCCCCUAUCACAUCGAAUGUUUGAACCUCCGUUCGGGGUAUUAAAUGUAGUCGGAUUAUAAAACUAAUUUCUCAGCCGAAGAUUAAAAAGUGAGACGAAUCUAGUACAGUUGGUUGGGUCUAUAUUUCAUACUCCUAUUUGAAAGUCAAACGCUUGAUGUGACCCGGACUAAACUUUAGUCCAUAGAACCAAACACCCCCUCAUUAUACUAUUACUGACUGACUCAGUGGGUGCAGACUGCAGAGAGGCUCAUCAUCAGGGCACAGACGAGAAGAGUGAUGCCACCAUGCGAUGGUCGUGGGCGCAAUGCUGGCGAGCAACGAAAACUUGACGCGAACGCGUAGGGGCCAGGCCAGGCCAGGGGACCAGAGUGACGGAUGACCAACCUCUCAUGCAUGCCGGAGAAAGCAUUCUUGACCUCGCGCUCGCAGUUCAUCCUGACCCUCAGCUCCACCGUCCCGCACCAGGCGCCGCCGCAGCGUCGUCGUUCGUCUUCUCCCUGGGGUGGGGCGGCCAUUGAUCGCUCCCAGAAAGCUAAGCAGCUGCCUCAUGGCGCCUCCCAUGGGGAAUGCAGCGAGGUCCUGAAGGGCUAGCUAGCUAGCCGGUUGAUGCGGGAACUGUCUGUCUUUUGCUUGUACGAGGCCGGCACCCGGCAGGGACUGUUCGAUUUCGGAGGCCUUUUGAACUAGGCAAUGCGAUGGCGAGAUGGACUGUGACUGCGUGAGGGGACGGGAGAGAGGAGAGGGUGUGCGUGC